CCCACUUCACCACCCUAGCUGCAAAGCCAAGAAACAAGAGCAGAUGGCUGCCAUGGCGGAGCGCCUCGCCCUCGCCUUCCUGCUCGCGGCGGCCGCCGUUGUGGCGGCAUCGGCGGUGGACAGCAAGCUGACCAUGCACAACCUCUGCCCGUUCCCCGUGUACCCGCUGGUCACCCCCAUCGACGGCCUCCCCUCCAUCGCCGACAACACCAUCCAGCUCGGCGCCAACGGCCGCGGGCUCGUCUCCUUCCCCUUCCCGGCCACCUUCUGGGCCGGCCGCGUGGUGGCGCGCACCGACUGCGCGUCGCCGACGAGCUGCGAGACGGGGACGGCGCCGCCGAUGACGGUGGUGCAGCUGGUCGUGCACUCGGCCGAUGCCGGGCCCGGGGCGGACCUGGCCACCUACAGCGUGAGCCUCAAGGACGGGUUCAACGUGGGCGCGGCGGUCAGCCCGCAGUUCAUCGGCGGCGGGCAGUGCCCGGUGCUCGGCUGCCCCGUGAACCUGAACGACGGCUGCCCCGUGAACCAGCGCGUCGUCGACAAACGCGGCAUGGUGGUGGCGUGCAAGGGGGACUACGGAUACUUCAAGCAGCGGUGCCCGCUGACGCGGGUGGGCGGCAGCGACGUGGAGCCCGUCCCCCAGAGGUGUCUCGCGCCCCGCGAGCUCAAGGUCAUCUUCUGCCCGGCCGCCAUCUGAUCGAUCUUACCAUGGUCGGCGCCGCCUCCGCCCAGACGGAGCUCGUACGGCGUCGGCGACAACUAGUAGCUGGUCAUUACUACUCAUUAUUAGCGUGCCGCUGAUGCAUGCGUAAGGGUGUUGUGAAAUGAAAUUUGUGUCCAGACUGUGGCAUACGGGAGUAUCACUAUAUAUCAGUCAAUAAUACGUACUCGCAUGUUCUUA